GGCGGCUCUCAGAGGGGUCGGCUGCGAAUAAAUGGAAGGGACCCACAAGCGGCGCGAUGCUGCGCAUUUCCGCGGGCUCGGACCAGCCGGGGUAGCCGUUCGGGUCCCGUUUCCUUCUUUUCGAUCUUGUACUCCGCUGCUGACGACGGAAGGGGCGGCCCAGCUUCCCGUCUGCGCCACCUUGGGCUCGCCUCCCCGUCUGUCCGGGCCUCCGGACUAGAGGCAGGUGACCCCGCCGUGUGCCCUCCGUGUUCCCGACACGGUCCCACAAUGGAGUUCCCGGAUUUGGGGAAGCAUUGUUCCGAAAAAGCUUGCAAGCAGCUAGAUUUUCUUCCAUUAAAAUGUGACAUGUGUGAGCAAGAUUUCUGUAAGGAUCAUUUUGCCUACGGUGCGCAUAAAUGUCCGUUUGCAUUCAAGAAGGAUGUCCAGGUCCCAGUGUGCCCGCUUUGUGACCGCCCCAUCCCAGUGAGGAAGGGGGAGGCACCGGACGUCGUGGUUGGCGAGCACAUGGAUAGAAACUGUCGACUCCGCGCUGGGAGGGAAGAGAAGAUUUUUACGUACCGGUGCUCCAAAGAAGGAUGUAAGAAGAAAGAGAUGUUGCCAGUGGCUUGUGACCAGUGCCGUGGCAACUUCUGCAUUAAGCACAGACACCCCCUGGAUCACAGCUGCGUGUGCGGGAGCAGCCCGGUCAGCGUCGCCGGGCGUUCAGCUGCGAGAGCCUCUGAAUCCAAACCGUCGGGCGCUUGGAACACACUGGCUUCCCGCUGGCUGGCCCAGCGGCUCAGGUCAAAAGCAAAGCGAUGACAUGCCUGUGUCCAUUGAAGCUGGCGCAUUAGUUUACUGUCUAUUUUUGUACAUUCUGUUAAUUUUGUGGGUGACUGCGGUGCCCCAGCGCUUUCACGCUUCUCACGGCAAAGCUCAAGCUCUGAACUCUUCCAGUGAAGUGUGCAAACCCUUCCGCAAGCGAAGCGGUGGGAGGCGCGCGCGCUCUAAAGCGGGUUAAGCGGCUCUGACAUCCUCCCCUUGCUCCAAAUACUAUAGAAUGAAGCGGCUCGAGGGGCCGAGGG